UUAGAAACAUGGCGGUUCCAGUAAAGGUGUUGGGACCUGAUUUUUCCCAACGUGGUGUUCCUGCGUUUCCCCCGGUGUCUCUGUCCGCUGAAGCCGCUCCGUUCACUCCCCUGUCGGUGGACAGAUCGCAUGUCGACUCUAUGUCAGACGCAGAAAAACAAUUUUCCCGCUGCGCCGCAAAGCUCCGGACUUUGCGCUCAGACUCAGAUCAGCUGAGACAUGAGCUCAACCUGCUGUUUGACCAGCUGCUGUCUGAGAACUACAACAAAACCGUCGACCCCAACAUCAACAUACGACCCGAGGAUGUGUGCACGCUGCUGAAACAUGCCAGCUCUCUAGUGCCACUAAAUCAAGAACAUCUAGUCAUCAAAUUCUGCCAGUUGGUACAUCAUCUUCUCAACCAACUUAAGGUGAUAAUGGAUGAGCGUACGUUUGAUGUGCUGAUUGAUUAUACUGCUGCUGCACUGAAAGAAUGCAGUACAUGGACACACGCUGAUGUCCUCUUGGCACUAUCUGCAGUUGUAUAUGGGAAUGGACCUCAUUGCCCCAAGCUUAUCAGUGACUUACUGGGUGAAGAUGGAGCCAUCCUGAAGUAUAGUUCUCCAUCUCAGCCUAAUAUGGAGUUACGCCAUGUUGCUCUCAACUGCAUGGCCAACAUCUGUCUCAGGAUUCCUGGUCAGCCGCCUUUGGAUGAUCAAUACAGAAGCGUUUGUUUCAGUAUCUUCCUGAAAACUCUGCAAUCACCUAAACCUCCCAACACAGACGAACUCUUCUACUGCAUGGUGAUCCAAGCAGCACUAAAAGGGCUUCAGUGUUGUCUCUCGGGUGGAAAGUGGAAAUUUGGAGGAGGCGAGGAGCUUGGAUCUGUACUGGCUGUCCUUAAGAGGCUCAUGUUCCAGGGAGCUCCAGGUGUGAUUGCUGAGUGGCCUACUGUGCUUUACCCAGCCCCCCUUCCACAGUACGAGAGCUUCUCUGCACCAAAACCUGCUGUGCCUGCUAAAUCUUCUGAACCUUCAAAAGAUGCUGCUGUGCCAGGAAAAGCUUCAGGAAACAAAAAGAGGAAAUCUAAAGGGAAGGGGAAGAAGGCAAAAUCUGAGGAGAGCAAAGAAGAUGACAGAGAUCAAGGAGAUAAAGAGCCAACAUUUCAAAAAGAAGGAAAGGGAGGCAAAGGCGAGGAGGAGACCUUAUCUAAACCCUCUUCUUCAUUUCUUUAUCCGUUCUGGAAGCUGAACAGUUCUGACUCAGAAUUUUCUGACCCAGAGGGAAAUGCACAGAGCAAGUUAAGACUGAAUCAUGGGCGUGUGCGUCAGGGAGCGCUGCACGGUAUGCUAGCUGUGGUGAAAGCUGUAGAGAAGAGGACUCUGUAUGGAUACUGGUCUUCCUUUAUUCCUGACUCCCCCUCCGGAGGAGCACCGCCUCUUACUCUCCUUACAAUUGUACUGAAGGACCCCUCACCAAAGGUGCGAUUGUGUGCGCUCCAAGUGUUGUCAGCCAUACUGGAUGGCUCUCGUCAGUUCCUGGCUGUAGCUGAAGAUACGGCGUCACCCCGAACAUCUUACACCCCUUUUUCUUUCACACUUGCUACUGCUGUCAGAGAGCUGCACCGUGGUCUUAAUCUGGCUCUGCUGGCUGAGACCUCCCCUCAAACACUCACACAAGUGAUAAAGUGCCUGGCCUUCCUGGUGGCCAAUGCUCCCUAUCAUCGUCUCAAGCCUGGCUUGCUCAGCCUGCUCUGGAAGCAGAUCCGUCCUUAUUUGCGCCACAGAGAUGUAACUGUGCGUGUGUCAGUCCUGACACUGUAUGAAGCUUUAGUGACGACUCAGGCUCCCCUCCCGGAGGUGCAGCUUCUCCUUCAACAGCCAGAAGUCAGCAGUGGUUCCGGUUCUGGCUCAUUCACCCCACGGAACUCAUCUCUCAGCUGGAGACAAAGAAACGGCGGGGCGUCACCCGCUCGUACACCAGCAACACCCUCUGAGAGAAACUCUUGCACACACUCCCCCCAUCUUCCUCACACACCAACAGAGGAGGAUAAAACUUCACCAUGGCUGCUGCAGCUGUGUGUGUCGCUAGUAACUCAGCCCAGAGAGGACCAGUCAGACAGCGAAGGAGCAGGCGGAGGUGCUGCUUUAGAGCCUGCUCCUGUUCGCCUAGAAGCUCUACAGGUCCUGUCCCACCUGGUGCGCGGUUACUUCUCUCUAACUCAAGCGAGUCUGUGUGAGAUUGGACAUGUGAGCGCUCGCUGCCUUGGGGAGACAGACUGUUCUAUACAACUACAUGGAGCAAAGCUGCUAGAGGAGUUUGGUACGGGAAUAAUCCUGCAGUACAGAACAGAGAGCAAUGUUCCUGAGAGCUCAAGGGUCCCCAUUACUCAAGUGGUGCAGUUUUGGUUAGAAGUGUUGAGUGGACCACUAAAUGGAGCAUUGCAGAAUGAACAAUAUCCCACACUUCAGGCAAGCGCCUGCGACACACUCGCCUCAAUCCUGCCACAGGCCUUCGCCCAACUUCCUGACAAGACCCAGCUGAUGUGCAUCACUGUACUUCUGGGACUCACCUACACUGACAACUAUCUGGUGAAGACAGCAGCUGUCAGAGCUUUGGGAGUCUACAUACUGUUCCCCUGUUUGAGAGAGGAUGUAAUGUUUGUGGCAGAUACUGCAAACAUUAUCCUUGCUGCCCUGGAUGAUCGAUCUACAAAUGUCCGUGCCAAAGCUGCCUGGUCACUUGGAAACCUCACAGACACGCUUAUUGCUAAUAUGCAGAAUGUAGGUGUGGAUUUCCAAGAGGAGGUAUCAGACAUGCUUCUGCUCAAGAUGUUGCAGGCAGCCACCCGAGCAGCAGCUGACAAAGACAGGGUGAAGUCUAACGCAGUGCGAGCGCUUGGAAAUCUGCUUCAUUUCCUGCGCGAGACUCAGAUGACCAGGGCUGUGUUCCAGCGCCCUCUAGAAGACGCAGUUCGUGCUCUGGUCAAAACUGUCCAGUCUGAAGCUACGAUGAAGGUCAGAUGGAACGCCUGCUACGCAUUGGGAAAUGCUUUCCGAAACCCCGCCUUGCCGCUUGAGUCAGCCCCGUGGUCUCAUGAUGCAUUCUCUGCCCUCUGCCACGUUGUCACUUCCUGUAAGAACUUUAAAGUCCGGAUCAAAUCAGCCGCCGCCCUGGCAGUCCCUGCCAAUCGCAGCUGCUAUGGGGAUACAAAGCGGUUCAGCUGUGUGUGGCAUUCCCUUGCAACAGCGCUUGAAAACAGCGAAGACACAAAUGACUUCCUUGAGUACCGUUAUAGUGCCAGCCUGCGACUCACGCUCUCACAAGCUCUUCUGCACCUGCUCAGUGUCAGCCAGUUGCAGGACAUGCCCACCCUCAGGGCAUCGCUGGCCAGUGAAGAGGGCAGGGGCAUCAAAGAGCAUUUGAUCAAAUACCUGAGAGCAGAGGAAGGAGGAGUAGAGGAGGCAGAUGAAGAGAGAGACUCAAGAGAGGACAGUUGCAACCCUCAGCAGAGGAUUGUCGGUCUGAAGGAGACUCUAAUCAGACUUAAAAGUUUGAUGGCUGAAGGGGAAGAAGUGGGAGAAGAAGUAAAAGAAAAGGUGAUUAAUUUCCUGGAGGAUUUAGUAAAGACGUGUGAAGAGUCUUAAAAAAAUCAAAUCUACUGUUUCA